AAUGUCUGAAGAAUGGUCUACCAAAUAAAUUGACAAAUACAUCAUAGUCAAUACAAAACUAGGAAGUGGUGCUUUUGGUACUGUAUAUAGAGGUUUUAAAAAAAAUGAUGAAACAAAGCAAGUUGCAGUUAAGGCAAUUUCUAUAGCUGUAAUAAUAAAUAAAUUGAGGUCUAGAGUAUCAAGGAUUCUGCCAAGAUGGUGGAACAUAUCAAAAGAGAAAUUUCAAUCUUAUAAUAAGCUAAUAAUCCACACAUUGUGAAAUUAUAUGAUGUUGCUCGGACACCACAUUAUUUGUAUCUAUUCUUAGAGUACUGUCAUGAUGGAGACUUAAAAAAGUAUUUAUCAACUAAAUAUGGGAGAAGGCUCAGUGAAGUAUUUCUCUUUCUAAUUGUAUAGGUUGAAGCAGUAAUUUUUUUGAAACAUCUAGUUGAAGGAUUUCGUACACUUCACUAAUUGAAAAUUAUACAUAGAGAUAUAAAACCAGCCAAUAUAUUAUUGCAUAAAGGAGUUGCUAAAAUAACUGAUUUUGGCUUUGCUAGAGUCAUAGAUACUGGAAUGAACGGUAAUACAUAAAUCCAUAUAAAAUAGAUCCUGCUUAUUUUUCAAGAGUUGGAUCACCUCUUUAUAUGGCCCCACAAAUACUUGAAGGUUAGCCAUUUUCAUCAAAAUGUGAUGUUUGGUCUAUGGGAAUUAUGUUGUUUGAGAUGUUAUAUGGAAAACCACCUUGGGAUGGUGAUAACUAAUAUAAUCUGUUAUAGAAUAUUAAGAAAACUGCCUUAAUAAUACCAGAUGCUCCAGUUAGAAGUGAUAAAAUAAAGCAAUUAUUAAGACAUAUGCUUGUUGUUUAAGAAAAAGUAUAAUAAUUAUCAACUGUUAAUAGGAUAGGUAUUCAUGGGAAUAAAUAUUUCAUCAUGAAAUCAUUCAGAUCCAAGAGGCAUAAAUAAAAAAUAACUUAGAAUAAUUGAUGAAAGAAAAAGAUGAAUUAUCUCGAUCAGAAAGUUUGAAUAAAUUAUAUAUGGAAAUGAAUUUAGUUGUUGGAUAUCUUGAUUAGCCUGAUCAGAUUGUUUAAGAACUUUCCACUCCUUAAACUACUUAGAGUAACGAAGAAAAGUAAUCUAUUGAUGAUAUUAAUCAUGAAAAAGUAUUCAAUCUUGUUAUAUUAGGGAUUACAACUAAUAAAUCAAUAUGAUACUGAACAAAAAAGACGUAAAGCUAUGUUGAAAUACAAUACAUACUUUCUAUUUGAAAGAAAUAUUGCAUUCUUUUUUAAUUAUGUUAUCCAAAAAAUAAUUAAGAUGUCACACUUAGGAAUUUUGAAAUUAAAUUAAGAACUCUAUUAUACAACAAUAUUUUGUAUAUCCAAAAAUCAAAAUGUUCAUCUAAAAAGAAUGUCUGAUUAAUUAAUGUCCAAGAAUCCAGAAAAAUUUGAUAGAGAAACAUGGGGCAGAUAUUUAAUCAGUUAAGAAUAUAAAAAAAUAUUGACUGUUACUAAAAAUGAUAUAAAACAUACAGAAGACUUUUAUUUAGAAAUUUACAAGAAAGAAAAAUAAAUUAUUGAAAAAGAAUUAGCAUAACCAGAUAAUAAAAGAGCAUCAAAAAUUAAGUAAGUUUUAGAUGUUAAUUUUGAUUAAAAUUCUUCCUUUUAAUAAUUAUAUUAAUAAGUAGUGUAAGAAUGUUUAGAAAUUAUUAAAUCUAUCAUUAAACAAACUAAAGAAACUGAUUCUGUUUAUAAAGAUUUAUUGUAAUUAGGAUGGUUUUUAGUUAUUUGUUUAAAUCCAUAUUUAGAAUUCAAAGACAUAAAUAUGGAUUUUAAUUCGUUUUAUGAAGAAUUAUAAACAUUAACAGAAGCAUAACUUUUAGAAAAAAUUGGUAAACGUUUAGAUUUAUGA